AUGCCUAACUAUGCUAAGUUUAUGAAAGAUCUUUUGUCUAGAAAGCAUAAAUUGCAGGAAUUUGAAACAGUGGCUCUCACAGAGGAGUGCAGUGCCAUAAUUCAGAAGAAGUUUCCACCAAAGGUUCGAGAUCCAUGGAGUUUUAACAUCUCGAUUGCGAUAGGCAACAUUAAUGUUGGUCGGGCAUUGUGUGAUCUUGGAGAAAACAUCAACCUUAUGCCACUUUCAGUGAUGAAGACUCUGGGAAUUUUUGAGCUGAAGCCUACUAUGGUGUUUCUCCAACUUGCUGACAGAACAUUGAGAAGACCAAACAGAGUAAUAGAAGAUGUACUUGUCAAGGUAUAUAAGUUCAUCUUCCAUGCAGACUUCGUAGUCCUUGAAAUGGAAGAAAAAGGAGACAUGCCUCUUUUGUUGGGUAGGUCGUUCCUUGCCACAACUAGAGCCAUGAUUGACAUGGAGAAAGGAAAGCUGGAGCUGAGAAUGGAUGGCGAAAAAGUUACCAUUAAUGUGUUUGAUGCUACGAAGCACGCUGAAGAUAAUAGAGACUGCUUCCGGGUGGACAUUCUUGAAGAGCUGUUCCUGGAAAAGAAAUAUGAUUGGACUCUUGAAGAAGAAGUAGAAUUCUUUGACGAGAACCCUCCAAAGGAAAAUGCUAAAAUUCCAAUGGAAGAGUUAAAGAAUAAAGAGUGA